GCUGGUCCCUCCCUCUCCCCACAUGGACCGGAACCACGCAGCGCCACGUGACCCCGCAGCUCGGGACUGAACGAGCCCCCUCACACCGCAUCAUGGUUGCGGAGGAUGCGGCCGCGCGGUCCCGAACCGGAGCCCCGCUCUCCCCCGGAGCUCCGCUCUCUCCCUCCCGCCUGCUGCUGCUCUCCCUGUCCGUCUGCUCGCUGCUCCCCGCCCCGGCGCUUGGCUUGCUCGGCUUUCGGCCGGAGGAGACCGGAGCGGAGCUGUCCGUGGCGGACGGGGUGCUGAAAGCCACCGAGGGGACCCGCUUCAUGCUGCGGGUUUAUUACUCCACCUCCCCGCAGAGGCUCAACCGCACCGCGGCGACUCGCGCCAACAACGCCGCGCCCUGGAUCGCUUUCAUCGAGGAGCCGACCCCCGGGCGAGAGGGACAAGUUCACCCGAAGCGGAACAUGUGCAUGGACAAGAACGCCAGGACGUCCGACAUCGAGGUUUUGGGUUCUUUCAAGUCUGCGUCCAGUCAGAAGUCGGUGCUGGUGGAGCUGCUGGCCAAGGACCUGCGCAGGGGGGAGAAGAUCAAAUACUACUCCAUGUGCGCUUUUGACGGAUCCAAAUGGGAACACUACCGGACGAGGGACUUCUGGGUGGCCGUGGCGGAGCGCUCGCCCCCCCCGGAGCUCUGGCGGCAGGUGCUGGUCUCCGUCCUGCUGCUCGGGCUGUCCGCGCUCUUCAGCGGGCUGAACCUGAGCCUGCUGGCGCUGGACCCGGUGGAGCUGCAGGUCCUCCAGAACAGCGGCACCGACAAGGAGCAGAACUACGCGCGGAAAAUCGAGUCGGUGCGUCGGCACGGCAACUACGUCCUGUGCACUCUGCUGCUGGGGACGGCGAUCAUCAACGCCUCGCUCGCCGUGUGGAUGUGCCAGAUCCUGGGCAUGACCUGGCUCUCCACGGUCAUCUGCGCCUUCGGCAUCUUCUUUAUCGGAGAGAUCCUCCCGCACUCGGUGGCGUCGCGUCACGGCCUGGCCAUCGCCUCCAAAACCAUCUGGGUGACGCGGCUGCUGAUGGUGCUCUCCUUCCCCAUCUCCUACCCCAUCAGCAAACUGCUGGACCUCAUCCUCAACCAGGAGAUCUCAAACUUCUACACCAGGGAGAAACUCCUGGAGAUGCUGCGCGUCUCCGACCCGUACCACGACCUGGUCAAAGAGGAGCUCAACAUCAUCCAGGGAGCGCUGGAGCUGCGCAGCAAGACCGUGGAGGACGUGCUGACGCCGCUGACAGACUGCUUCAUGCUGGCCUCGGACGUCGUCCUGGACUUCAACACCAUGUCGGACAUGAUGCAGAGCGGCUACACGAGGAUACCGGUGUUUGAGAACGAGCGGUCCAACAUCGUGGACAUCCUGUUCGUCAAGGACCUCGCGUUCGUGGACCCGGACGACUGCACCCCGCUGAAGACCAUCACGCAGUUCUACAAACACCCGAUGCACUGCGUCUUCAACGACACCAAGCUGGACGCCAUGCUGGAGGAGUUCAAGAAAGGGAAGUCCCACCUCGCCAUCGUGCAGCGGGUGAACAACGAGGGCGAGGGCGACCCGUUCUACGAGGUGAUGGGCAUCGUCACCCUGGAGGACGUCAUUGAGGAAAUCAUCAAGUCAGAGAUCCUCGACGAGACCGACCUCUACACGGAUAAUCGUACGAAGCGUCGCGUAUCUCACCACGAGAGGAAGCAGCAGGACUUCUCUAUCUUCAAACUGUCAGAGAACGAGAUGAAAGUGAAUAUUUCUCCUCAGCUUCUCUUGGCGACGCACCGCUUCCUGUCCACAGAGGUGGAGCCCUUCAAACCAGCUCACAUCUCAGAGAAGAUCUUGUUGAGGCUGAUCAAACACCCCAGCGUGGUUCAGGAACUCAAGUUUGAUGAGAAGAACAAGCGAGCGCCGCAGCACUUCCUGUUCCAGCGCAACAAACCGGUGGACUACUUUAUCCUGGUCCUGCAGGGUCGAGUUGAGGUGGAGUUUGGUAAAGAGGCGCUGAAGUUUGAGAACGGAGCUUUUUCUUAUUUCGGGGUUCCUUCCAUCAUGCCAGCAGUCCACAGAUCCCCCUCUCGCAGCAGUGGUUUGGACCGCUCUGAGUCCAUGCUGUACGGAGGCAGCAUGGGCCAACUGAACGGAGGGGCGAACGUCUACCUGCCGGACUACUCUGUGAAACAGCUCACACAUCUACAGAUCAUCAAGAUUACCCGGAGCCACUACCACAAUGCUGUAACAGCCACCCGGAUGGACAGCUCCCCUCAGACGCCUGAUGCCGAAGCCUGUCUGGCAGAAGGCACCACCCCGACCCCAGAGCCCCCGGCGGCAGAGCACGGCGCCACGCUGAGGCCCCCGGAGCACACCACCACCACCACCCACACCCUCAUGCCCCCACCCAGGGAGACCGGCCGGCCCAGCUCGGCUCGAACCCGAGGACAGCAGUCCAGCGUCCUACACAGCACGUCGCUGCUAAAUGAGAAGAAUCGUAUCGUCCGCAGCAAGUCUGACGGACAGAAGAGUCCGAGCGACUCAGUGUUUCUCAGGAUGGACGAGAUCCCUUACAUCAGGGAGGACAGAUAUGAGACCGACGCACACACUGACAUGGCCUCCGUUCCCAUAGAGACGGACACGUCUCCUUUCAUCAGCAGCCUCUCCCUGAGCGGCUCAGAGGACACGCUGGGCAAGAAACUCCUGCUCAAACUCAGCCACAAGAAGAGGAAAAAAUCCCGCGAAGGAGAAAAGACACCGGAGGACAUUUCAGAGCAGCCCCUGGUGAAAACCUAGCGGAGUGCGUGAGACGGACCUGAACACUCCAUCGUCCGAUGGUUCUUCAAGUUGUUUGUAAAGACCGACGUGGUUGUCGAACUACAGCUAUCAGAGUUUUAUCUGAAAUCAACACACUGUUGGAGAUUAUAACGUGGACCCGUCACCAGGAAUGUAAUGAACACACGGAUGGAAGA